GUCGAAGUCGAAGUCGAAAUCGAAGUCGAAUCCUGAAUCGUAACAUUCGAUAAGAAAUAAUCGAUAAUGAAUGAUCUCGGAGCACCUUUCACAAGAUAGAUUCCUAUCUGUGAACUACGCAUUGUACUUGAUUUGUCAAUAAUCGAGGAUAAAAUUAAAUGCCGGAUUAAUUUGUUCGGCAUAAUUGAAAUAAGUUGAAAAAGAAAAAGGAAGAGUUCAGGAACAAUGUGGCGUGUCCCGAAAUUGGUUUUUCGGGCCGAAGCCCUCCUUGUUCGGAUGAAAGUAUUAAUACCGAAGACUGAAAUGGUUUAACCGAAGAAUACAUUUCUCAAGUACUUCUCAGUACUAUUCCAAAAAAUAAACACGUCUUCUUCGGGGGUGAAGAUCUGCCCGGUAAUUCGUUUUUUCAAAAAUGGCAUCACAGAGUCAAAAUGACACGAAUGUAAGUUCAACUAUUUCACCGGCAAAUGGAUCAUCCGGAUCAUCGACGACCAUGUCGGUCUGCACCACGAAGAUGCAGUCAUUGGAUUCAACACCAUCCUCUCAACCUUAUCAACAUUCAUCGCCAUCGUUAUCACCAUCACCAUCACCGUCGCCGUCGCCGUCGUUGAUGCAGCAACAGCAACAUCAACAAAUUCUGCAAUCUAACAAUGUAGAGGCAAUUGACAAGAACUCUUCCAAUACAUUAAAACGCAAUCCAAAAAUGGAACUAAGCAAAACUGAUUUAUUAAUAUUAUUAGGACAUCUUGAAGGAGAAUUACAGGCAAGAGAUAUUGUAAUAGCAGUAUUAAAGUCAGAGAAAUUGAAACACCUGUUAAGUACUAAAUAUUUGAGUGGAACUUUAGAUCCACAUGCUGCACUUGCUCGUGAUGUAGUAUUAGUAGGUGGUGUAAGCGAACACGAACCAAAUCAAAUAGAUAAACAGGUUGCUACUUUAGAGGCACUCGUAACCCAACAAAGACGUAUGCAAUCUAAAAUGACCAAAAUUCUCAAAGAAGCUGAGCUUAGACAUAGAGCAGUUAUUAAAGAACUGGAGGAAGAAAAACGAAAACACGAACACGACACCGCGCAGGGUGAUGAUAUAACGUACGGGCUGGAAAAAGAGAGAACACGUUUGAAAAAAGAAUUAGAAUUAGAGAAACAAGAAAAAAAAAGACUGGAAUUAGAAAUAAAGAAAGCAAGCGAUACUUUGGAGGAAGAAAAAACACGGCAAAAGCAAAUAGUACUUCUUCUAUUGGCCGAACGUAAAAAAAUAAUUAUGAAAUAUAUAGAAGAAAGGAAGAGGUCGGAAGAUUUGGCGCAGAUAUUAAGCGAAGAAAAAAUAAGAGUCGAUUCUAUGGCUGAAGGACUGGAAGAGGAAAGUAAGAAGUCGUUGCAAAUGGAGGCAGAAUUAGAGAAACAACUUGCACAAUUUGAUAUGGAGAGGCAGCAAUAUAGGCAAGCUUUAGCAAAAGAGGAAAAAAGGGUUAAGGAUCUCGAGUUAGAAUUAGAUAAACUUAAAAGUGAAAUGGACAUGUGGAAAGAGUCUCAAACACGAGGUUCUCCAAGGGGUGUGGGUACAAUUCCACCACCACCUCCAGCAAAACCAGCUAACUUAAUUGCUAUGCCUACGGUUAGGCCCGCUAGUGCUCCACAGACAAUUAGAAGCACAGUACUGGGCACUGAGACACCAAUGGUUAGUAGUAAAGUCGUUCAACCCACUGCCACGGUAUCUAGUGUUCCUGUCAGCGGUCCAACUACUGGGAUUGCUAGGUCAGUAACUCCUGGACAGGCAUUACGCGGGGUCUCGUACACGUCCAAUAUUACGUCUUCUAGUGGAGAAAGUGCAACUUCUGAAACCCAGGCUGUAGAGAAACGUGUGGUUGUACCUGCUCCUGUAAAUCCUGGAGGCACGGUAAAACUUAUACCGUCAACGCAAACUGCAGGAAAGCUUGGUUUUAAUGUUGGCUCUGGUUCGGCGGUUCAAGCAUCUGGUAUGCUGCCAUCGAAAAAGCCACCGAUAUCUCGCGGUGUUCCUCCUCCAGUGCCACCAAAUAAACCAGUAGUACCGCCUAAAAAGGAAGCUGCUUAUCUUAGGAGGACUGAAUCAUCGCAAGCAACUCAGGAUACUGUGAAACUUGGUAAACAAGCUGCGCCACAUCCUGCAGCUGGAUCUACUGCUCCUCAAGUACAACAGGCAAUAGCUGCUCUUACUCAAGCCUCCGAUGAAGAGGUUAGUAAUGUAGCUCCCUUGUCCUGUUUGUCCAGAAUUUCAUUUUAAUAUCAUACAUUCUUGUAUUAUUAACGUCAACCAUAUUAACAGUUUCAUCGGGUACUUAAGAAAGUAUUACACUGCAACGUUGUACGUGAUUUCUCAACCGAGUUUAUUGCUCCUAUUCAUAUUCAAAGAGUUCUUGAACAACUUUGUUGGGUAGCCGAUGAAUCAACAUAGUAAAUAUAUCUCUUCUUGAUCUUUCUUUCACACGCAAUUCAGAGCUGGUGAAUAUGAUUUCAGACGAAACCACGUUGAUUUAACAGCGAAUAGAAAAAAAAAGUAAGCAUUACUAACAUUUAAGAAAGUCUGAAAUAAGCCGUGUAACGUGAUUAGAACACGGUGGCGUUGCGUGUUUGGAACUACACAACGGGGGAUUCUCGAUAACCAACGUUUCUGAAUCAACGAAAGAAACGUACGUGCCCGAACAACAUUGUUCAUCGAUUGAUUUUACUUCGCGUAUACCAUAAGAUACCCUUAAAACGAUAUCGCUAGAUCUCGUAAGGAUCUGAAGGAUCCAUUGUAGCGAUAUACAACCGGCGACAACAUCAACAACUGGAGAACAAUGCUUGUAAUAUUGUACUAUAGACCGAGUGAUUCGAUCGAUAAACGGAUCAUUUAAACUAUUUAAGGUAGACACUGUAGAUUCCGUAGUUUAUUAUCCGCGAUCUUUCCGAAUUACGUUAAAGUCAUUAGAUAAAAUUAAUGUCGUUGUAACGUGCUACUCGUAAGAAGGAACGAUACUGUUGUCAACAGUGGACGUGAAUAAUAAAUGUUUAUGCAACAGGGA